UGGGUUGGGAGAGAAAGAAGAAUACCAAAUUAGAAAGUUGACUCUAAAAUGAUUUCAGAUGAGAGAAGAGGUGAGGUAGUUGGGACUCUUGGGAGAGAAAGAGGGACGUAAAAGAGGAAAAUUCCUUUGAGAGGUCCCUGAGAGGCAGAGGAAGCGAAGAAUGCCUGUUGUACGGGAGACAAUGAUUCAGACAUGCGGAGAAAACCUUACCCUCUGUCCAAUACCCAUCUUCUCUAUUUCCAUUGCUUAAAAUAAAAUAAAAACCCUUCAAUAUUCCCACCAAUCACAACUCUUACUACCACUAGCUACUCUCCCUACUUGCUAAACUUGCUACUCCUACUUCCAAGUCUUAAUUAACCAAACCCAAAUUCUCAAAUUCCUCUUCCUUGCCCCUUAAUUUUGAGAAAGAUGCGAAACAUGGCAAGCUCUGCUUCCUCACGAGGCAUUGCAGCCAUCGUCGGUGUGGGACCCAAGCUCGGCCUUUCCAUCGCUCGCAAGUUCGCUCACGAAGGCUACACCGUUGCCAUCCUCGCUCGUGAUUUAGGGAGGUUAUCAAGAUUUGCAGACGAAAUAGCUCGGGAAGAGAAGGCACAGGUGUUUGCAAUAAGAAUCGAUUGUUCGGAUUCUAGAAGCGUGAGGGAAGCAUUUGAAGGAGUGCUUUCACUGGGGUUCGUGGAAGUCCUCGUUUACAAUGCUUACCAACCAGUCUCAUGGAAACCCACUUGCUUCCAAGAUCUCACCAUCGAUUCCUUUCAGAAAUCCCUCGCUGUUUCAUCCCUCGGUGCCUUCCUCUGCGCUCAACAGGUGCUGCCGGGUAUGGUUGAAAGAGGAAAGGGCACGAUUCUCUUUACGGGCUGUUCCGCUUCUCUAAACGGCAUUGCUGGAUACCCAGAACUAUAUGAGACAGGCUGUGGGAAAUUCGCUUUGAGAGCACUAUCGCAAUGCUUGGCGAGGGAAUUUCAACCUCAGGGAGUGCACGUAGCUCAUGUCAUCAUUGACGGUGUUGUUGGCCCACCAAGAGGAGCUACGAUGUUGCCUCAGAGAGGUUCGAUUGGGGAGCAAAGCAGUGGAGGUGAUGGAACUAUGGACCCGGACGCCUUGGCUCAAACCUACUGGCACUUGCACGUUCAGGACCGUAACGCUUGGACCCAAGAGAUGGAUCUUCGGUCCUCUUCUGCUAGAUUCUUCUAGCUACUUCCCCCACCUUCCAUUUAAUGUCUCUCUAUUAUUUUCAAUUCUCUAAUCUCCUCUCAAUCAUUUCAUCUCUCAUUUCUGAAGCCAUUAAUUAAUUAUGUUGGUAGUUUGCUGUGCUAAAUUAUAUAUAUAUAUAUAUAUAUAUAUAUAUAUAUAUAUCUACAUGUAAAAUAUG